GUAUCCCCGUGUCCAUGGUGAAUGUGAAGGGCCUCGCUCGCCUGAAGAAACAGGACCCGAAGGGGUCUGGACAGGGCAACCAGAAGCCCCCCACUGCCCUCUUCAAGAAAGCCGAGGGCGACACCGCGGCCAGCAAGAGGAAGGCGGCGACCAAGGGGUCCCCCCCCCCGGCUACCAAAAAGCCGAAGAAGGGGGAUAUCACUGAUAAGGAGCCCCCGGUCAUGAUUGUUGAUGAGCACCCCGCCGCUGGAGUGGAUGCGGAGAAGCCGUCGGGUGGGACGCCGGCGGGGGCAGAGGAGUUGCUGCCCGAGGUCCUCCAAGUUUCGUUUCCGAGGGGGACAUCCCUGGCCAGCGACGCUAUUGACCCGGGGGCCAUCUUGAGGGGCAUAACCCCUGAGACUGAUAGGGCUGCCCUCGGGGCCUAUAACGAUGCGGCCCUCGAGGACCACAUUCUCCGCUCCUCCCUCUCUGCUUGUCUAGCCCUCGGCGAACAUGCCCGGAGGCUUCAAGAAUGGCGCCUCCAUAAAGCAGAGCAGGACGCCAAGAUGAAGGAGUGUAUCCUCAAAAACUAAGAGGCGGUGAAGCUGGGGGCCAGGCUAGAAGAGGAGCUUCGGCAAAUGGAGCUAAGAUUGGAGGCUGCAGAGAAGAGCAAGGCUGAUGCUGAGGCCGCUGCUGAGGAGGCCAGGAGAGCUGCCAAAGAGGCCGAGGAUUCCAAGGCGCUAGCCGUCGCCAAGGCUCGGGAGGAGGCCGUUGAUGCCUUCGUCGCCGAGGGUUGGAGAGCCGAGGGACGCAAGAUGUGGCUGUCCUCGGUCGUGGAGGCAUACGUCGAUGAAUGGGCCGAGGGCCCUGGGUGGGAAUGGAUGGCCCGGAAGGGCAGAGAAUAUUAUGAGGCCGGCGAAUUCUUCACCCAGGCCCUCAUCUACCGGAGGAUGGCUCAGCACUUGGGCAUUGAGCCAAAGGAUUUUUCCCCCUCGGCAUAUGGCCUCCCUCCCCUGCAGCCUGAUGUCCGUGAAUCCCUUCCCGAAGGUGUACAAAGGCCCGACCUUGAGGACACAGAGCUGAAGAAAGAGGCCGAGGACGACGCUGUUGAGGCCGGAGCGGAGGCAUCGUCGAGGCCGGCUGCAGAGGACACCUCGGGGAAUGAUGUUGUUGAAGUUGUCGAGUGAUUUUGUACUUAGAAAUCCCCGAACAUAUUUUUGUAAUGAACACCAUCGACCCUUCGGCUUCGGCCCGUUUGUAUUAGUUACAUUUGAAUCCCCUUUUUUU